GGGACUCCGGUGGAACUCAGCUGACGCCGCACUUCACGUGACGCUGGAGCUGGGCAAGCAUGGCGGCGGCCACCGGACCCUCAUUUUGGCUGGGGAAUGAGACCCUGAAGGUGCCACUGGCGCUCUUUGCCCUGAACAGGCAGCGCCUGUGUGAGCGUUUGCGAAGGAACCCAGCCAUGCAGGCCGGCUCUGUCGUGGUGCUGCAGGGCGGGGAGGAGACUCAGCGCUACUGCACCGACACCGGCGUCCUCUUCCGCCAGGAGUCCUUCUUUCACUGGGCAUUCGGUGUCACCGAGCCAGGCUGCUACGGCGUGAUCGACGUUGACACCGGGAAGUCGACUCUGUUCGUGCCCAGACUUCCUCCCAGCCAUGCCACCUGGAUGGGAAAGAUCCAUUCCAAGGAGCACUUCAAGGAGAAGUACGCCGUGGACGACGUCCAGUACUCAGAUGAGAUUGCCAGUGUCCUAACGUCACGGAGCCCCUCUGUCCUCCUCACUUUGCGCGGCGUCAACACCGACAGCGGCAGUGUCUGCAGGGAGGCGUCCUUCGAGGGCAUCAGCAAGUUCAAGGUCAACAACACCAUUCUUCACCCAGAGAUUGUUGAGUGCCGGGUCUUUAAGACAGACAUGGAGCUGGAGGUCCUGCGCUACACCAAUAAAAUCUCCAGCGAUGCCCACCGGGAGGUAAUGAAGGCUGUAAAAGUGGGAAUGAAAGAAUAUGAGAUGGAAAGCCUCUUCGAGCACUAUUGCUACUCCCGGGGUGGCAUGCGCCACAGCUCCUACACCUGCAUCUGCGGCAGCGGUGAGAACUCGGCCGUGCUACACUAUGGACAUGCCGGGGCCCCCAACGACCGGACCAUCCAGGACGGAGACAUGUGUCUGUUCGACAUGGGAGGUGAGUAUUACUGCUUUGCUUCCGACAUCACGUGCUCCUUUCCCGCCAACGGCAAGUUCACUGAGGACCAGAAGGCCAUCUACGAGGCGGUGCUGCAGAGCUGCCGGGCCGUCAUGCGCGCCAUGAAGCCAGGCGUCUGGUGGCCUGACAUGCACCGCCUGGCCGACCGCAUCCACCUGGAGGAGCUGACUCGCAUCGGUGUCCUGACGGGCAGCGUGGACGCUAUGGUGCAGGCCCACCUGGGAGCUGUGUUCAUGCCUCACGGGCUCGGCCACUUCCUGGGCAUUGAUGUGCACGACGUGGGAGGCUACCCCGAGGGUGUGGAGCGCAUCGAUGAGCCCGGCCUGCGGAGCCUGCGCACCACCCGGCAGCUGGAGCCAGGCAUGGUGCUCACUGUGGAGCCUGGCAUUUACUUCAUCGACCACCUCCUGGACGAGGCCCUGGCUGACCCGGCCCGCGCCUGCUUCUUUAACCGCGAGGUCCUGCAGCGCUUCCGUGGUUUUGGUGGGGUCCGGAUCGAGGAGGACGUCGUGGUGACUGACAGUGGCAUGGAGCUGCUGACCUGCGUGCCCCGCACGGUGGAGGAGAUCGAAGCAUGCAUGGCAGGCCGUGACAAGGCCUUUGCCUCCUUCUCUGGCCCAAAGUAGAGCCGGCAGGCGUGCCCAGGAGGGGACUGGCACGGCCGCAAGCUUUCUUCAUGGCAGGCGGCCUGCUAACUGGGCCCUUCAGCGGUGAGAGUCAGUACUCAGAAAUCACAUGCGGUUUGAUCACACCAAACAGUUCUGUUUCCUAGAGACAAGCUUUUUUUAUUAACCUUCUGCGGGAUCACCCUUAGUGUGUUAUUACUUUGCUUAUAUGACAGUGGCUUUUAAAAUGCUCACUUUCAGUUAUCCUGUUCCUUGUUUUCAGUAAUCCUGUUCUUUACCAGCAACUAAACGAGUGCCUUUGUCAUUUGUAUUCUCUGCUCAGGAAAGGUGUGUUUCCGGUGUUUUCUUUCAAAAAUCAAUACACAGAAUGGAAUUUGCAAUAAAAGGUUUCCUGAAAUGGU